AACUCCCGCUUGUCCAAGCUGUUGCCAUCCAACACAGCCAAGCCCCACGGCAGGUUCUUCUUGACAAGCCAGAACGUGCCGUGUGUGGGGCCGCCUGAGUUGGAGGGCGGAGCCGCAAGCCGGCCAGCGACGGUGGUGGCAUACUUGCCAACAUGUCCCUGUUUUCCCAUUCACCUGAAUGGGAAAAUAGGGGCAUGUUGGGACGUAUGCGCGGUGGUAGGGAGAAAACUCCAGGAAGGGAUCUGUGCGCGCGAAGUGGCCGGGGGCCUCCCGCUCCGUGUCUGCGCCGCUGUGGUCCCGCACCCCCCACCCCCACCCCCAUCUCCCUGAACAGCAAGCAAAGAACUGGCUGCCGCCGCGCUGCAGUUCCUUUUUCCUUUACUGCAAUAAGCCUUUGAACCAACCUCCUCCUUACACGGAAAACAACUUUGCGGAAGGCGGGCGCCCAGAGAGGGCGAGAAAGGCCGCCUCUUGCCGACCUCACACAGAAGGACGGAGACGGCGGCGAAGAAGGCUGGUGCUGUCGCCCCUGUGGACUCAGCAGCACAGAACUCGCUAAUCCCACGCACGGAGCGGUUUGCCUGUGUCAGGAAAGAAUAGUUAAAGCAAUUCCAGCUCCCGCUCCAGCGCCCUUCAGCUCUCCAGAGCUAACCGCAGAAUUGGGUCUUCAAUGGCUGGAAAAAGAUUGACCAAGUGGAUGAAAUGAAUAUGAACACGAUCCUAGAAGAGAUUAUGAUAAAAAGAUCACAGCAAAAGAAGAGGACAUCUCCUUUAAAUUAUAAAGAGAGGCUUUUUGUGCUAACAAAAUCCAUGCUGACGUAUUAUGAAGGUCGAGCAGAGAAAAAGUACAGAAAGGGAUCGGUUGAUAUAUCCAAAAUCAAGUGUGUGGAAGUUGUGAAGAACGAUGGUAUUGCUAUUCCCUGUCAAAAUAAAUAUCCAUUUCAGGUUGUGUACGAUAAUAGCACACUUUAUGUUUUUGCUCCCACUGUAUAUAGCAGGGAUCAGUGGGUACGGAAUCUGAAAGAAGAGAUAAAGAACAAUAGUAACAUAAUGGUAAAAUACCACCCUAAAUUCUGGACAGAUGGAAUUUAUCAGUGUUGCAGGCAAACAGAAAAAUUGGCACCUGGGUGUGAAAAAUACAGCCUCUUUGAAAAUGGCAUGGAGACAUUGCCUGGAGCAAUGCCAGAUAAAAAUAAGUUUUCCAGAAGGCCCCCACCUCCUAUUCCCCCAGAGGAAGAGGAGGAGGAAGAAGAAGAAAUAGUAGUAGCUAUGUAUGACUUUCAGCCCACGGAACCUCAUGAUCUGAGACUAGAAAGAGGUCAAGAAUAUACAGUAAUUGAAAAAAAUGACAUUCAUUGGUGGAAAGCAAGAGAUAAAUAUGGAAGCAAAGGAUAUAUUCCAAGCAACUAUGUAACCGGAAAGAAGUCUAACAGUCUAGAUCAGCAUGAGUGGUACUGUAAAAAUAUGAACAGAAGUAAGGCAGAACAACUCCUCAGAAAUGAGGAUAAAGAAGGUGGCUUUAUGGUGAGGGACUCCAGUCAACCAGGUUUAUAUACAGUAUCCCUUUAUGCAAAAUUUGGAGGAGAAGGGUCAUCCGGAAUAAGACACUACCAUAUAAAAGAAACAAUGACGUCGCACAAGCAAUAUUACCUUGCAGAAAAACACCUCUUUGACGCUAUUCCAGAAUUAAUUGAAUAUCAUAAGCACAAUGCUGCAGGUCUUGUGACAAGACUACGAUACCCUGUGACUCCAAAGGUUAAACCCUCACCAACUACUGCGGGAUUCAGUUAUGAUAAAUGGGAAAUUAAUCCUGCAGAACUAACUUUUAUGAGAGAAUUGGGCAGUGGUCUCUUUGGAGUGGUGCGCCUUGGCAAAUGGAGAGCACAGUAUAAAGUGGCCAUCAAAGCAAUCCGAGAAGGUGCAAUGUAUGAGGAGGACUUCAUAGAAGAGGCUAAAGUGAUGAUGAAGCUAACCCAUCCUAAAUUAGUCCAGCUGUAUGGAGUCUGUACUCAGCAGCGACCUAUUUACAUAGUAACAGAGUUCAUGGAGCAUGGCUGCCUUUUGAAUUACCUUCGACAAAGACGUGGACAUUUUACCAAAGACAGCCUGCUGACAAUGUGCCAGGAUGUAUGUGAAGGAAUGGAGUACCUGGAAAGUAAUAGUUUUAUUCACAGAGAUCUGGCUGCUAGAAACUGCUUAGUGAAUGAGUCGGGUGUGGUGAAAGUGUCUGACUUUGGAAUGACAAGGUAUGUACUUGAUGACCAGUACACAAGCUCUUCGGGUGCUAAGUUUCCUGUGAAGUGGUGCCCCCCAGAGGUCUUUAAUUAUAGCCGAUUCAGUAGCAAGUCAGAUGUCUGGUCUUUUGGGGUUCUCAUCUGGGAAGUGUUUACAGAGGGUAAAAUGCCAUUUGAGUCAAACUCAAACUAUGAAGUAGUGACUAUGAUUAGCCAAGGACACCGUCUAUUUCGUCCCAAGCUAGCUUCUAAGAAUGUUUAUGAUGUGAUGAUGAAGUGCUGGCAAGAGAAACCAGAAGGACGUCCUACAUUUCAUGAUCUGCUGCAGAUGAUUGAUGCUAUAGCAGAGGAUACUUCCUGAGAAGGGAUGACAACAGGCAUAGAAGUUCACAGCAAAGAGACAUCAUUCCAGAGAUGCUGCCAUGCUCUUAAGAGCUUAAUCUUGGAUGCUGCUUAAAAGAACCACACAGGGUCAAGGCAAUAGUAUAUACUAUUUUAUUAGUAUCUGCUAGAGGAGGAGUUUUAUCGAGACAUCCACAGUCUGCUCAGCUAUUUAAGCAACCUUCUCUCUAACCUGGACUUCAUUGAGGGCUGCUAAAGUGGAAGAGACAAGUUGAAACUACCCUUUGAGCCCUAAAUUGCAAAGCAGUAACCAUGAUUGAUAUGCACGUCUCUCAAUCAUACUUUGGGAGGGAGAGCUGGUCUUGUGGUAGCAAGCAUGAAUUGCCCCAUUUGCUAAGCCAGGGCUCGUUUGCAUUUGAAUGGGAGACUACAUCUGAGGAAUGUAAUAUAUUCCCCUUAGGGGAAGGGGCCAUCUAGGAACAGCAUUUGGAUGCUUUCAUGCAGAAGGUUCCAAGUUCCCUCCCUAACAUCUCCAAGAUAGGGGCUGCGAGAGACUCUUGCCUGCAACCUUGGAGAAGCCGCUGCCGGCCUGUGUAGAUAGACCAGCCCGAUGGACCAAUGGCCUGACUUGGUAGAAGGCAGCUUCCUAUGUAGUUGUUGGAGUACUGUAUGUUGAAAAGUGAUGCUCUUGGGUAAAGGCCAGCUACUGCUCUUGCAGUCUUCUUGAAAAUCCAGUGUCUCUUGCUGGUUGGCCAAAACUAUGAAUAUUGCUGCUAGCUCAUGAACCUAGAAUGUUCUGUCCUGUCUUUUUGGCUUCAUUUAGCAACAAGUAUGAUGCAGCACUCAGCUACUAUUGGUUCAGAGCUGCUCCAUCAUUUCGCCUUAAAGUCAAUCUUAACCCUUCUACUUGGUGCACAGAGCUGGUAGAGCAGCUAAUGAAUGCAGUAAAAGGUGUACAUAGUACAACUUUUAACAGAGUAUCAGAGCAGGGGGAGCUGGGUUCAAAUUCCUGCUCAUGGGGAAACUGUAAGCCAGUUAUCAUCUGUCAGCCUAACCUACCUCACAUGAUUGUUGUGCAGCUCAAGAGGGUGAGAAAACCAUCUACACCACUCCAAGCUCCUUAGAUGAAAGGUGAAUAAAAAUGUAAUAAAUAGAUCUUCUAAUGGAUUGGAAACUGCUGUAACUCACCCAGAGCCCACAGCCUAUUAAGUAAAGUAAGGAAGCUUAGGCUGGACUUUAAUAGAGUGUUUAUAAAAUAAUUUAUAUACUUGCAGUAUAUAGACUAUAUGCACUGCACACAUAUUUAUAUGAAAUGGGAAUUUACUUUUCAGAAAUUUUUGAAAGCACAAAUGGUUGGAUCCAUAUUGUAUAUUAGUUUGAUGUAUGGCACCUGUAGGGGAAAGGAAACAUACUCCAAACUUUACUAUACAUUUAAAUGUUUCAUUUUGUUGUUCCUACUCUUCACAUGAUAAAUGCGCAUGACGGCUUUAAUGAAAAAUCGAACAAAAUGUGUUGUAAUAAAAAUAAGUGACUUGAAAUCCUGA